AUCAAGAGUUGUAAAAUGCAUGAUAUUGUGCAUGAUUUUCUGCAGUUUCUUACUCAAAAUGAAUGCUUUACAAUGGAGGUUAAGGGUGGUAACAAUACAAAAAAGCCCUUGGGUGAUAAGAUCCAACAUUUGACCAUAGUGCUUGCUCCCACGGGUCCACUCUCAUGUGUUUUGUUUUCCAGCUGCAAUAUGCGUACUCUUGCAACUUUUGAUUCAAAAUUUAAUGUUGUGGACUCAACUUUGAUGUCGCAGUUGAAACAUCCGAGGACAUUAAAUUUGAGUGGUAAUUGUAUUGAAGAGCUUCCGAAAGAGAUAGGUAAAUUGGUGCAUCUGAGGUUUAUUGAUUUGUCUAUAAUGAUGACUUGAAAAGGCUACCGAAUGCGGUGUGUAAUUUAUACAAUUUGCAGACAUUGCGCCUUAAUUGGUGUAGGGUACUUGAAAGUCUACCUCAGAGCAUGGGAAAGUUGAUUAACUUAAAGCAUAUUUAUGUUAGGGGUUGCUUUCGGCUGAAGUACUUGCCGAAAGGGAUUGGGAGAUUAACAAAUCUAAGAACACUAGAUCGGUGCCCUGUUGGUAGUGGUAAAGACAACGAUGAAGCAUUCAAAUUAGGAGAUUUGAGAAACUUGGACCAACUUCAGGGUCUACUCCCCAUAGAGGUUGAUGGGGAUUUGAAAGUUGCUGCGGGUGAGGGUGAGAAAGCAUUACCCUUGGGGAACAAACAACAACUCUUACAUUUGAGAAUAGAAUUUGUUGGUUGGACACAAUUGUUUCAUUGGAGAAAAAAAAUCUGAAAAUCGGGAAGAUGAGGUGGGAAGAAGCAGCAGCAGCAGCAGUAGUGCAGAAACACUGAAUUUUUUACAACCGCAUCCAAAUUUGGAAUCUUUACAAAUUACAGGGCAUAAUGGAAGCACUGCCCCCAACUGGAUCAUGUCAUUAAACAAUUUGAGAGUUCUUGAUCUUGUGUGGUGGAAUGAAUGUGAAGUUUUACCUCCUUUGGGAAAAUUACCGUCCCUCGAAAAACUGACGCUUAUUCAUAUGAAUGGAGUAAAAAAGGUUGGAGUUGAGUUUCUGGGAAUAGAAAAGGAAACGUCAUCAGCAUCAUCAUGCAUUCUACUCCCAAAAUUGAAAGUACUCUAUGUUAGGAACAUGAGGGCGUGGGAAGAGUGGAAAGGAGUGGAAGAGUGGAAGGAAGAGGAUUCUCAUAUUACCAUAAUGCCCUGCCUUUCUUCUUUACAGAUAGGGUACAACCGUCAGCUAAAAACACUGCCAGACUUAUUGCGGAAACCACCACUUCAGACACUUGUCAUCAUACACUGUGGUAGUCUUGUACGAGGUUGCCAAAAAGGCAGAGGAAAGGAGUGGCCCAAGAUUUCUCACAUCCCCAACAUCAAAAUCAGACCUCCACUUGAUUCUGAUUUUGAUAAUGAUGGUGAAGGCAUAGUCGAGGCAGAAGAUGCUGUUGAGAUACCCGAAAGGCCUUCCACUUCUGGUGAGAGGGUGAAGGCAUAGUCGAAGCUGAGGAUGUUGUUUAAGGCUGGUUUGAUAUUGCUGUGCUUUGAAAAAAAACUGCUUAUGUUGUUCUAUGAGAAUAAACUCAUUUUUGCU